AAUUUCACGCCUUAAACACUGGGGCGUAGGUCAACGUGCUCAAGAUCGUCAUCCAUGACAUGACUUCAGUGGAAUCAUUGCAGACGGAAAAUUGGCCAAGUGGUUUCACUUGAUCACAUGCAACCAAAUACUUUGCCCCAAUAAUGCUUAUUGAGCAGACUGUCAUUAGGUGUUACCUGUUUUUGAUUCAGGCUUUGGAUGAGUCAUCAGCCUUAAUUUUCUGGAAGGUCUUCAUGUCUCAUUUCGCAUCACAUGCACGAGUGCCACGCCUGGUUUUGUCAUCUCUUUUGUAUAGACUCCAUAGGCUUGGGAAACACAUCACCAUCUGCAGUGAAGUUGACAGAAUCAGUGAAUCAGCAAUCAUGAAACAGUCAACGCUCAGGUUCAUGUUGGUGGUUGCUGUCUGUGUGGCUGUUGGAGGCAUGUACACAGCUUGGAAGUCUGUCGAGAAAGCAGGGCAGACAAGGCAGGAAUUUCUUCGCACACAAAAGCGAGCAGCCAUGAAAAUAGGAUAUCUGCUCUUGAACAAAACCCGCAACAUGACACGGGCUCACGACAAAAAAGUCUUGAUUGACGUGGACAAAGGCAAGCCCGACUUCGACAACCUCUUCAAGCAUCUUGUUGUCGUGACGGCGUUCUCUGAGAAUCACUACAAGGAGGCCAUGGGGAUGAUCGGCUCAGCUCAGAAGGCCAUGCCACAGACUAGGAUUGUGGUCUUUGACAUCGGGAUGAAAAACAAAACAUUACAAAAGAUCAAGACACUGUGUAAUGUUGAGGUGCGGAAGUUCCAGUUCCAGAAGUACCCAGCCUAUGUGUCAAACCUAGCCACCUAUGCCUGGAAAGUCAUUAUUAUUAAGGAGGCCCUGAAUGAAUUUGGUGCGAUAUUCUGGUCCGAUGCCUCCGUUCGCUUCGUGAAAUCCCUUAGACUCCUCGUCCCGUUUGCUUGCGAGCACCACGGCUACCUGUCCCGCAUUCACAGCUACAAUGCUUCCACCACGAAACCCAUAAAGCACAACUACUACAUGACCGUGGAUCAAAUGUACAAAGCAAUCGGCGUCGACAGGAAAGAUUAUUUUAGCUCCCCCUACGCCCCGCACCCGGCCUCCAAUCGCCAGUUAGUCCUCAACAGCACUACUGUCCAAAGGAACUACUUGCAGCCUCUUUACGCCUGUGCCACGGACAAGAAUUGUAUCAGUCCGCCAGGAGCCAAGCACGGGCAUAACCACCGUUUUGAUGCCUCAGCCUUGAUGCUUGUCAUUCAUAAAUACUUUCCUGGAGAGUACAGCCGAGAAAACGACCAUGUGAAGGAUUUUGACGAUGUGAUGUACAUGCACAGAGUAUCGAACGAUUGGAAUAAGGCGAAGUUUUGUACAGACAGCGUACAAAUCUAGUCCAAUUUGCCUUGUAAUUGCCUACAAAAAUAAGUGUUUUCCAUACUCCACAGAAGAUUACCUCAAAGGAAUUUGAAGUGUGGGUUCUAACUUUAUGGGGAAAAAUGGUUUUGUAAAACUUGAAGGGUAAAGUGAAGUGCAGAAGACUAGGAGUGUUAAUGAAAUUAUUUACUUCAGAAUUUCAAUUCAUGUGUGCCUUACUUUGACAAAUGAAAAUGUCAUUGCAAUUUUUUGUCUGUAGAAUGUCGUGUCAUGACAUAAAGGUUGUUGAGAACUAUAUUUGAAUUUCUUUCUUUUAGUGGACCUGUUAGUGUAGUGUAUGGUCAUCAUACUGUUUUAACCAAAAAACCAGCAAAGGUGUUCAUAAAUU